GGUAGAGAGAAAAGAAAACAAGCGAACAAGAACAAAAGCGAAACCAAAACAGCCGAGCUGAUUGGAAACAUCCAGAUGCUGCUGAUGCCGCUACUACUGACCCAGCAUUUUCCCUCUUAAACAUAUCCUGAUCAAGGGUCCGUAGUUGGUUGCUCCAAGAAUCACUUAGCCACCAUUGGAGAAGGAAGGCAGGAAGGGGGAGAGAAGAGCAGCCAAGGAAGCAAGCGAGAAGGUUCGGGGCAGGGGAGGGAGAAGCCCGGCAGAAACCGCGCUGCGCUUUUUCCCCGGCGAUUGACCGGAUCAGGCGCGGAUUUUUCCUGGGGCGUGUUUCUGGUAGUCGGAUCGAGGCGGCGGUCAAUCGCGGCAGACCCCGAUUCGAUUCGGCGGCCAUGGGGUUGCUGAUUAAUCGGUCCGGUUCCGUGGAUAGGCAGGGCUGUAACGUGAUCGCCUGGUAUGAUUCAUUGUAGGUUCCUGGUUGCUUGCUCAGGCGCCAAGUUGCGCAUCAUCUCCGGUUGCUGCGGUAGCCAGCGGGAAAUGACUAGUCGUGGCAUAUGGUAACCUUGCUUCAGAUGGGUUCGAGUCGGAAAUGUUGUUGUGGUUCUGCCUUUCUGGUGGUGAUCGGUUUCAGUUGAUAAUUUGCCGAAGCACCGAUUUGGCGUACUGGAUAUUGGAAUUGUAAGCUACUGAAGUGGGCUGUUGAAAGGAAUUGUUAGUUGUACUGCAGGAGCAAUUCCAAAUUGGAGGCCUUCCUUUUCACUGAGCAUCAGAGAUUGGUUGCCAUGGGCUUACCUCAAGUUUCUUCAGCCAGGGAAGAUAUUUCUACAGGAUCAAGGUCACGUGUGCCAAGCCCUCCACGUAAUGAGGGUGUUGGUGCCUGCGAUUUGGAUGGGCUUCCUCGAGAAAGCUCAAGUGGCAAGGUUCCAUACCGGUCUGUCGGUAAUGUCAAUAAACAGAUUGUGUUAGAUGCCCCGUAUGAAUCGAACGGGUAUUUUAGAGACAGCCAUGCCUUGGCUGGACCCGUAGACCUCCAAGGAUUAAGAGUUGAUUCGAAAGAUACAAACUCUAGAUCUUCUCUUAAAUUGCAACCUGCUGUCCAUAUGCCAACAACGAGGGUUGUGGGCUUUGAAUCAGACUUUGUUGGAGGUUCUGAUACAACAGAACUAAAUAUGAUAUGUCCGUCUGCGGCCACUGCUAAUUGUGAUUCACCAUUUUAUCAGCAUGAACUUCAGGCAAGGAAAAGACUGCUCUCGCCGAUUAAAAAUGCGCUCCCUAGAAAGUUCCAUGGCAGUUUGCUGAAUAUUCCUUCUGGUGAUGCAAGAUUUCAGCUUUCUGAGCCAGGUAGGGAACUUUACAUUUCUGGAUUAUUACAAGAUAAUAAGGCAAACCCUGGAAGCCUCAGUUAUUUUGAUUCACAGGCCUGUCCAACCCCUAGAUACUCCAAUUGGAGUUCAGAAUGUGAUGCCAAUAGGAUUAAUUAUAAUUAUUUCACUGAUGGCCCUUUGCUUGGGAGCAAGGAGUCAUUAUCCUAUUAUGAUCAUCUAGCUGCUAGUGCAAAAUUAGCACACUCUCCGCUCUCUCUGUCUCCUCUGAGCCCUAGACACAUUCAUACAGUUAAGACUAAAGGAUCUCCAAGGCAUGUAAUGAAAGAUAUUGAAAAUGAUUUUCUGGAUUUAAAGGAAAAAGGAGGAUUUAAUGGAAUCAGGAUGCUAGAUGUGUUAGAAGAAACUAACAGGUUACAUGAUGAAUAUGGUGCUAUGACCCCUAAUAGAAUUUCAUUUAGAAGAUACCAAAACUGGGGUUCUGAAUCUUCCCCUAUAUCUCCCCGAGUCAGCUAUGGACGGAGUCUGAGUCUCCCUGCAAGGAGGUCACUAGUUGUCUCCUUUGAGGAAUCCCUUUUGUCUGGCCGACUUUCUUAUGGAAAAGACAAUCAGAUACUUGAUGGUUUCCUAGCUGUCCUGAACAUUGUCGGUGGUAGCUUCUCUCCCCCAACUCAGAAACUUCCAUUUGCAGUAACAAGCAUCGAUGAAGAUAGCUCCUUAUUGUACUAUUCUUCUAUUGAUCUUGCUGGUAGAUCAUCGACAAGUACAACCAACAUUAACAGCCCCAAACUCCGAAACCUUAGUAACAAUGAUUCACGAUCAGCAAAGAGUCGCUUACGCAUUCCUGCCAAGGGGCGAAUACAACUGGUUGUGAGCAACCCCGAGAAGACUCCACUUCAUACUUUCUUCUGCAGUUAUGACUUGACUGACAUGCCAUCUGGAACCAAGACGUUCAUGCGGCAAAAGGUCACUCUGUCUCCCACUGUUUCUCCCUGUAAUAUAGUGAAAGAAGAAAGCAAGUGCAGUGACACAAACAUUGGUCCCAAAGCGCAGUCUGUCUCAUGUGGAAGUGAAUUUGCACAACGUGGAACUCUGUGCUCGGAAUGCUGUGGGCAGGGACAGACGUGCAACUCAACUGAUGAAUCAGAAAAGAGAUGCACAAACACAAAAUGUUCUUCAUUGGGCACUGACAUGAAGGAAUCAGAUAAAUCCAGUUUUCCUGGGAACAAGAAAAACAAUACUGAUUCUGAUGAUUGUUGCUGUCAGAUGGAGAGCAUCCGCUCAGUUUCAAACAAAUCUUGCUGUGCAACUUCCAGGAUCAAUGACAGUUCAGGUGGAGGCGUGCUUCGCUAUGCUCUGCACCUGCGGUUUCUCUGCCCCGCCUCCAAGAAGUCCUCAAAAUCGAUGUUACGUUGCAAAUCCGAUCCAUCAUCAGUACCGCAGGGUGGCAACGCAUUGACCGAGGAUCGGAGAUUCUAUCUCUACAACGAUCUUAGAGUUGUAUUUCCUCAGAGGCACUCCGAUGCAGAUGAAGGAGAGCUUAAGGUGGAACAUGACUUCCCUGCUGAUCCCAAGUACUUCGACAUAAGCAACUGAAAAGUUACUUUGGCUGUAGUCAUGUACAUAGCCUGCGCCGCGGCGCAUAAAAAACGAAAAUUUCUGUACAUAUUCUAUCCUGACUAAUUUGCUAUCAGUCCCCCAAAUGUACAGGUUUAAUCUUCCAAUAAUAAAGGGCAUCACUUAGUUUA